AUGGCCACACCGUUCGCGCUGGACGCCGACUUCGAGGAAUGCCUGAAAGCCAACGGGCUCGAAGAGUUCGUUGGCGGCCCCCCGUUCCCGCCCGGCGACAUCGAUCAGCGCCGGGAACGGCUCAAGAACUUAUCGUCGCGAAGACCGCGUCCUACCGUCGACACGAGCGGCGUUGACAUCUCCGACCACUAUACUUCCAGCGAGGACGGCCACCGCGUCCUGCUGAGGUGGUACCGUCCUCGCAGUGCGGCAGUCAAUGGAUCGCACACGGCCACUUCGCCGACUACGACGACAACGACGACAAGGACAACGACAACAGCAACAACAAAACCGGCCGUGAUAUACAUCCACGGCGGUGGGUUAAUAUGCAGCACGAUUGACGAUUACGACGUCCUCGUCGCAUCGCUCGUGUCAAUGACACGGACCCCAUUCCUCGCCGUCGAGUACCGCCUGGCCCCGGAGCACCGGUACCCCGCCGCCCUGCACGACGUGUACGCCGCUCUGGCGUGGCUGCACGCUCGCGCGCACGACCUGCAUGUCGACCAGACCCGGAUCGCGAUCAUGGGGAGCAGUGCGGGCGCGGGACUCGGUGCGGCCACGGCGAUAUUGGCACGCCGUCGUGGAGGAGGGCUGUCCAUCGCGAAACAGAUCUUCACGGCGCCGAUGAUCGACUGUCGCAACGUCAGGCCACACGAUCCGAGACUGGCACCGCUGCUGUCGUGGAAUCACUUGGACAAUGCGACAGGGUGGUCGUCGUACCUCGGCCAGGAGGUACUCGACGGCCACGAGGAGGGUGAUGGCAUCCCGGACACCGCGUCCCCGUCUCGACUCGACUCGGCCGAGGGCAUGCCUCCACUAUACCUGGAAGUCGGGAGUCUCGACAUCUUCGUGCAGGAAGGGAUCGAGUACGCGUCGAAGCAUGUGCGAGCCGGGGUCCCCGUCGAAUUACACGUCUAUCCCGGUCUACCGCAUUCAUACGAUUCCCUCGCGGGUCAGUGCCAGCUGGCGCGGAUGGCAAAGGCACAUCGAGUCCGGACCAUCACUUCUCUGCGAGGAGAAUAA